UCUCUUUCUCUCUAUAAUUUUACCACGUCCUCUAUCUCUCCCCUCUAAAACGUCUCAUUCUCUUUCAAUAAUUGAUGUGAAUUCCGCCCCUUCCGCCCCUUCCGCCCCUCUAUUGCCUGAAUAAAUCCCCUCUCCCUCUAAAACCUCUCUCUUUCUCAGAAUUGACCACAAUUCUGUACGCUCUGGUCGCCGCCUCCUCCUCCUUCCCCUUUCCUAUAUAAGUUUUUCUCAGUACUGUCUCAUUUAUAUCUCAACCUCUCUCUCUUCCCCCACAUGGCGAUCUCAAGAGCCGCUGCCUCUGUUAUCCCUGCCCUCUUAUCCAAGGGCCCUGCAAUUUCCAGACAUCUCCAUGCAUCAUCAGGAAGCAAGAAGAUCGUGGGCGUGUUUUACAAGGCCAACGAGUAUGCGUCCAUGAACCCGAACUUCUUGGGUUGUGCAGAGAAUGCUCUUGGCAUAAAGGGUUGGCUUGAAUCUCAAGGCCACCAAUACAUAGUAACAGAUGACAAGGAAGGCCCCUACUGUGAGCUCGAGAAACAUAUCCCCGACCUCCAUGUUCUGAUAUCGACACCAUUCCACCCAGCCUAUGUAACAGCUGAGCGUAUAAAGAAGGCAAAAAAUUUAGAGCUUCUCCUUACUGCUGGUAUUGGUUCUGACCACAUCGAUCUGAAAGCUGCUGCUGCAGCUGGCUUAACAGUUGCAGAGAUCACAGGGAGCAAUGUGGUAUCAGUAGCUGAGGAUGAACUCAUGAGAAUUCUCAUUCUUGUUCGAAAUUUUUUGCCUGGUUAUCACCAAGUCAUCAAAGGUGAAUGGAAUGUUGCAGCGAUAGCAUAUAGAGCUUACGACCUUGAGGGGAAAACAAUUGGGACUGUUGGAGCUGGUCGUAUAGGGAAGCUUUUGCUUCAAAGGUUGAAGCCUUUCAACUGCAAUUUGUUGUAUCACGAUCGAAUCAAGAUGGAGCAUGAAUUGGAGGCACAAAUUGGAGCUCAAUUUGAGCCGGAUGUUGAUGCUAUGCUUCCGAAAUGUGAUGUGAUUGUUAUCAACACACCACUUACUGAGAAAACCAAGGGAAUGUUUGACAAGAACCGUAUUGCUAAGUUGAAGAAGGGUGUUCUGAUUGUGAACAAUGCAAGGGGUGCUAUCAUGGAUACUGACGCAGUUGCUGAGGCUUGUUCUAAUGGCCACAUUGGAGGUUAUAGUGGGGAUGUGUGGAAUCCACAACCAGCUCCGAAGGAUCACCCAUGGCGCUAUAUGCCCAAUCAUGCCAUGACUCCUCAUAUCUCUGGCACCACCAUCGAUGGCCAGAUACGUUAUGCGGCUGGAGUGAAAGACAUGUUGGAGAGAUACUUCAAGGGUGAGGACUUCCCCCCUCAAAAUUACAUUGUCAAGGAAGGUAAACUGGCAAGUCAGUACGUAUGAUUUUCUAGCCCUCUUUCAAGAUCAAGCUCCUGUGGGGACAAAUGUUAGGCAGAAUAAGGGUUGGGCUGCAUUCUUGAAUUAGUUGGGUUUUUUCUUGAAUGAUAGCCUUUGGAAUGGAAUAAAUAUUGCUAGCUGGAAGGGAAAAUGAGAUUUCAUACAAUUUUUACAAGAUAUGUACUGGAAAUGAAUGGAUCCAAGUGGUCUUAAUCACACUUUCUGAGUAUUUGUGUUUUGCUAUUAUUAAUCCAAGUGGUCUUAAUCCAA